UAUUAUUACAAGUGAAAAUAACCUUUUAAAGUAUUUUAAAAUUUUCAUUUAUUUCUAUGAUGGCAAGGCUGAAUUUCCAGCAGUAAUUACAUUAUGUGUAUUUAAUAUGUUGAUUUGUUUUGCUCAAGAAUCUUGAAAACAGUUUCUUUAAGGAUUAUUUGCUAUAGAAAGUUCAAAAGCAUUAUAUAGAUAGAUAGAUAGAUAGAUAGAUAGAUAGAUAGAUAGAUAGAUAGAUAGAUAGAUGAUUGAUAGAUCGAUCGAUCGAUAGAUAGAUUUUCUUUGAAAAUGUAUUACCAUUCUUGACAUUUUAUCAUGUUUUUUACAUGACCAAAUAUUAAUAUUUAAUAAUAUUAACAAUUCAUUUUAUUUGAAUAAUAAUGGAUUUCACAAAUGUAAAAAACAUAAAUCAUCUUCAUGCUAAACAAAUUCAAUUUAGAUUAUUUUUAAAUGAACACACAGACACACACACGCAUACAUAUUCAUGAAUACAUACAUAUACAGAUAUCUAAUUUAAAAUAAUCUGCAUAUUAGCUCCUUUUUUCCAUAAAUCCCUUAUUUUUAUGAAUUGUAAGGCCUAAUUUUGUACAGCCCUUUGUCUUCGGGGUCAAAAGUCUCACUGGUGUAAUAUCAAGGUACUCUUGGUCUAUAAUCCUGUCACUUGCAGUGAAUUUAUCAGAUAAGGUAGCUGAUGAAAGGAGGAGACAUGAAGAUUUGUUUUGCGCCGGCCGAUGUGCCUCUGGCUAGGAGGAUCCAGACUGCUGUCGUACUGCAGUGGGUGUUCUCUUUCCUGGCGCUCGCCCCCACCUGUAUAUUACUCUUUCUCUUGCUACUCUUCACUCGUUUCUGGCUAAUCAGUGUGCUUUAUGCCAUCUGGUGGUACAUCGAUUGGGACACACCUUCACAUGGAGGUAGAAAAGUGCCAUUUCUGUGUCGAAUGCGCAUAUGGGAGUAUAUGAGAGAUUAUUUCCCUAUAAAGCUGGUGAAGACAGCUGAUCUGGACCAUAGGAAGAACUAUGUGCUGGGUUUCCAUCCUCAUGGUAUUCUUGUGGCUGGUGCAUUUACAAAUUUCUGCACGGAGGCGACAGGUUUUAGCAAACUCUUCCCUGGGCUGAGAAGCAACCUUCUCAUGCUUCCUCUCUGGUUCAGAGCCCCCUUCUUCAGAGACUACAUUCUGUCUGCAGGCUUGGUUCCAUCGGACAAGGAGAGUGCCAGCUAUCUGCUCCGGCAGAAGGGAGGUGGGAACGCUGUGGUCAUUGCAGUUGGCGGUGCCCCUGAGGCUUUGGAUGCCCAUCCUGGCGACCACACUGUUCACCUUGCCAAUAAGAAGGGCUUCAUUAAGCUUGCAAUAGAGCAUGGUGCAGAUUUGGUUCCUAUAUAUUCAUUUGGAGAAAAUGAGGUAUUUGAUCAGGUGGAGAACCCUCGAGGCACCUGGCUGCGAUAUAUUCAAGAGCGCAUGCAACGCAUUAUGGGCAUUUCUCUGCCUCUUUUCCACGCACGAGGUGUUUUCCAGUACAGCUUCGGCCUAAUGCCCUACAGAAAACCCAUCAACACUGUUGUGGGUAGGCCAAUCCCAGUAGAGAAAAAUGAGAAACCAACGGCAGAAGAACUGGACGUGUUUCACCAGCGCUACAUGGACGAACUCAGCCGCCUGUUUGAAGAACACAAAGGAAACUAUGGAGUAGAUGAAGAUGCUCACCUGCUGUUCCAGUGAGAGGAUCUCAGAAGUGACUCUGAAAUUGUGUACGUAUGUGUUUACAAGAAAGAGAUAGAAAGACAUUUAUGUAUAUCUAGUUUAGUCUCAGUUGUAUAUUGUCAGCUUUUAAACCAUUGCUGUUUUGUUUACCAAUUGUUGAAAAUUAAAAUUUUAUUUAGUUGUUGAAAAUUAAAGUUUUUUUUUUUUUUUUACAUUUAACUUCUAAAUUAACUGGUUUUAUUCAAAUCAGAAAUAUUAUGUAAUAUGGUUGAUGCAACCUGACUUCACCAACAAAAGUUAUAACUUUUACAGUGUAUUUUCUACUGUAUGUACUUUAAUGCAGCAUGUCUGAAUAAAUCUGCACCAGUUUUACUA